GCGCGGGGGGGGCGGAGCCAACAUGGCUGAGGAGAAGCUCGCGCCGAGAGCCCAGUUGCCUGCGUCUGCUGAAUCUCAGAAACCGCGACAGAAAAAAGCUCCCGAGUUUCCUAUUCUGGAGAAGCAGAACUGGCUGAUUCACCUGCACUACAUCCGGAAGGAUUAUGAAGCAUGCAAGGCUGUUAUCAGAGAGCAGCUGCAAGAGACCCAGGGCUUGUGUGAAUAUGCUGUCUACGUUCAAGCACUGAUACUUCGUCUAGAAGGAAAUAUCCAGGAAUCCCUGGAACUCUUUCAGACGUGUGCUAUCCUCAGCCCUCAGAGUGUUGACAACCUCAAGCAAGUGGCCAGGUCCUUGUUUCUUUUAGGAAGACAUAAAGCUGCCACUGAAGUCUAUAAUGAAGCAGCGAGACUCAACCAGAAAGACUGGGAGAUCUGCCAUAAUCUGGGUGUUUGCUACAUGUACCUGAAGCAGUUCAACAAGGCACAGGAGCAGCUGCACAGUGCCCUGCAGCUGCACAGGCACGACCUGACUUACAUGAUGCUGGGGAAGGUCCAUUUGCUGGAGGGAGACCUGGACCAGGCCAUCGGCAUCUACAGGAAAGCGGUGGAGUUCUCACCAGAAAACACAGAGCUUCUUACAACUUUAGGGUUACUCUACUUACAGCUUGGCAUUUACCAGAAGGCGUUUGAAUACCUGGGAAAUGCACUGACUUACGACCCUACGAACUACAAGGCCAUCCUGGCAGCAGGCAGCAUGAUGCAGACCCACGGGGACUUUGACGUCGCCCUCACCAAAUACAGAGUUGUAGCUUGUGCUGUCCCGGAAAGUCCUCCCCUGUGGAAUAACAUUGGAAUGUGUUUCUUUGGCAAGAAGAAAUACGUGGCAGCUAUCAGCUGCCUGAAACGUGCCAACUACUUGGCUCCGUUUGACUGGAAGAUUCUGUACAACUUGGGCCUCGUCCACCUGACCAUGCAGCAGUACGCAUCGGCUUUCCACUUCCUGAGUGCAGCCAUCAACUUCCAGCCGAAGAUGGGAGAGCUCUACAUGCUCCUGGCCGUGGCCCUGACCAAUCUGGAGGAUAUAGAGAAUGCCAAGAGAGCCUACGCAGAGGCCGUCCGCCUGGAUAAGUGUAACCCUUUGGUAAACCUGAACUAUGCCGUGCUGCUGUACAACCAGGGUGAGAAGAGGGGCGCCCUGGCCCAGUACCAGGAGCUGGAGAAGAAAGUCCACCUCCUCAAGGACAGUGGCUCUCUGGAGAUGGACUCGGAGAUGGUGGAGAUGGCCCAGAAGUUGGGAGCUGCUCUCCAGGUGGGGGAGGCCCUGGUCUGGACUAAACCAGUUAAAGACCCCAAGUCAAAGCACCGCAGCGCCUCGAGCAGCAAGCCCGCCGGUCUGCAGCAGCCUCUGGGCUCCAAUCAGGCUCUGGGGCAGGCGAUGUCUUCAGCUGCUGCGUACAGGACACUUCCCUCAGGUGCUGGAGGCGCAGCCCCGCUCCCAAAGCCACCUUCGCUUCCGCUGGAGCCAGAGCCUGCUGUGGAAGCAAGUCCAACAGAAGCGCUGGAACAGAGGAGUGAAAAAUAGCUAGGAGGACCCCAGAGUCAGGAGUCCUUAGGUACCUGAGGAUGGCCCCAGUUAGCAAAGGCCAGGUAGCGGCCAGCACCAUUCCCUGGCGGGCACCACAGAAUUAGAACGUGGAAUGCAGGAGUGCCACAGUGACCCCAUGGAGCCUGGAAAGGAGCCUCAGGCACGACUGUGCAGCCCCCCAGGCCCCUCAGCCAGAAACAGGAGAAGACCGACCCUAUCCGCUCAAGAACACAGGAUGCUGCUUGGUUCUAAAGGCUGGCUGAGCCCUUCCCUUGUGCAGGGAGGGCGGGGACAGACUGCCCAGCGGCUCGUGAUGGUGAGGCCUGGGGAGGGCAUCCGUCCCCAAGGCACUGCAGGUGCGAUUCUCUGAAUUCAAGAGAAAGCCGGGGAGAGCUCUGGGCGCUCGCCAGACGGGAUCGGGAGUAGGUCCCUGUGUGACGUCGGUGCGCAGCCAGAUCAUGUCAGUGUGCGCAGCAGGAGCCCACGGCUGCUCUGCUGUCAGCUCCGAGGAUUCGGAAAAAAAAUAGGGAAGCACCUGCUAGCCGAGGAGUUGAUCAAAGGUAACUGCUUUAUCUCUAGAUUAUGUAUCAGCAUUCCUUUGAGGAAAGUUGUCCCUGAAUAAAGGAAUAAAUGAGAUCACAAUAAAAACUUCUUAGAAAGCGACGAUCCCUGUCUUCCCUUACCUGUUUGCAAGGCUAGUCUGACACUGGAAGAGGACCUCAGGGCAGGUGCAGCAGCCCUGGUGGAAGGCAGGCCGGCCGCUCACUGACGGGCCAGUGCUCGUGCGUCACAGUCCCCAGCACCGAUCCAGUCACUGAAACUGAAAGGUCACUGGUGAGGUCUCAGCGGGAGCAGGGCUGUAGCCUGACUUGGAGAGGAAGAGGAGGGUUAAAAAAGAGCUAAAAUCAACGGCAGCGAGGCCAAGCGGGGCAGCUGAGAGCAGGCUGGGUGCCCAGGGAGUGGAGGCGUCCUGGCAGCUGGGUUCAGUCGACUGUGAAGUCUGGUUGUGGGACAGGGUCAUAUUUCAGAUGUGAAGACACAGAUCCUUGGAAUGAGAGCUAAAACCGUGGAUUUGGACGUAGUUGUCAGAGGAAAGCUAGCACUAAGGAGGCAGAGAAGUGAAGGAGGAAAAGGGGGGAGAAGCA